GUUGGGUUGACCAUUGACAUGGCUGUCGCACAGCGCGAUCAUAACAAUUUUUGAAUGAUGAUGUGAUGGGCUGUUCAGCUGGUUGGUUGGUGACGCCAGCUGGAUUUGCAUUUAAGUCUUGCUGACCUUUUUCCCGGAGUCAGCAAUGCUCUUGCUCGCCAACCAGCAACCAUGUACUUUCGGGCGAUGCCUGACGAGGUCCCUUUUAUGAUUUGCAGAAAUGCUAUGCUUUCGAAAGCGAUCUAGGACCGGGACUCAAAAUUCAUAAAAUGUCUACCGCCGCCCCAGCUGAAUUGCCCUCGCAUCGGGCGUGCGCGCACUGCCGGGCAAUGAAGGUUCGAUGUCUGCCAGACGACACCCACCCUAACAUAUGUCAGCGUUGCGUUCGGUCUGGGAGACCAUGUACCUUCACACCUUUGCAGCGGAGAAAGCAAAGGAAAAGAACUGAUACGCGCGUGGCCGAGUUGGAGAAACAAAUGCAUGCCAUGCGGACUGCUCUGAGCCAAAAGCAAGAAGCGUCAAGCCUAAGAUCUGUCACAACACCUGAUGAACAAGUCGCAACCCCCGAGGCCGCGAGCAAGGGCACGGAGGCAUCGUCGGCAAUAUUGGCAAACCCGACUACCUCGAACCCGACCUUGACGGAUGCAUCUUCAUUAUGGUCGGUUCCGGUUCAAUUGGGGCCGAUGCAAGCCAUGAAUGACAUUGUUGACGAUGGUAUCAUCUCGGUUGCGAUGGCUCGUCAAUUAUUUCAAACCUACAAGGACAGCCUAUUUCCAUUGUGUCCCGUGGUCGCCAUUGACGAUUCCAUAACAGCCGAUGACAUGCGGCGGACGCGACCUACGCUCUUCCUCGCCAUAAUCGCUGCCGCCGCUGGGAAAGACAGCGCUGCACUAUCAGCCAUUCUCGAGCGAGAGGUCAUGCAUGCCUACGCGACCCGCAGUCUCAUUCACAGCGAGAAGUCUUUGGAGCUGGUACAGGCCAUGCUGAUCAGCUCCUUAUGGUAUCAACCCCCUCACAAGUUUGGUCAGCUCAAGUACUACGAAUAUAUCCAUGCUGCUGCUAACAUGGCCAUGGAUCUCGGCAUUGGCUCCCGGAUGGCUUCUAAUCGAAGUAGGGAGUCGAAAAAAACCAUGGCAAAGUCCGUCAUGCACCCAACCGACGAUGUGCGAAAUCCGAUCAUUACCUUAGCUCCACGUGGGCCAAAUCCAUUCGCAGAUGCCGGUAGCAUUGAGAAUCGAAGAACCUUCCUAGCGUGUUAUUUCAUUUCAACAGGAGUAUCUUUGAGCCUUGGUCGACCUUGCAUGCUCCGAACGAGCAGCUAUAUCCGAGAGUGCGUCGAAAUCCUCGAACGAUCUCCAGACGCAUUGCCCACCGACCGCAUCAUUGCAGCAUGGACAACGCUUAUAAUUAUAGCAGAGGAGUGCAGCGUCGCGUUUUCCUACGAUGACCUUGGGGCCAUCGCUUCGAUCGCCGAUCUGCGGACUCAGCUCACGAUGAAAGACUUUACAGAACGACUUUCGGCAUGGCAUCGCAAGUACUCCGAAGCGAGCAUGCUCUCAGGCUCACUGAAGAUCAUGUAUUUCAAUAUCCGCCUUCACCUCAAUGAGCUCGCUCUGCACGUGGAUCACCCCCCAGAGGAUUUCCGAGCGCCCUUUCGAAUGGGCCAUCUAAAUGUAGAACCGGGUGCUGACGAUAUCCCAUCUGCGGUUUUAGCAGGCGCAAUAGCCGACUGUAUUGAGUGCUCACAUACCAUGCUCGAUGUGUUCCUCUCCAUGGAUAUAGAGGAGAUUCGAGCAGGGCCGGUUUUCAACUGUGUCAGAGUAAGCUUCGCAGCCUUUGUUCUGGUCAAGUUGUGCCUAUCUGUGUCCAGUUCCGAUUCUCGUAUCCGCAAAGUUGUAGACGGAUCUCAUCUCAAAGCUGAAGACUACAUGGAUCGCUUGAUGAUUCAUGUCCGCAAAGUCGUGGGCGAACCUCCGCGUCGCGUACCUACCAUCUUCCUGGCCCUCGUAUCGAAAUUGCGGGCCUGGUGCCGGCACCCGGAGGUCAUCUUCAAUCGAGCAGACGAGAACCCAGUCAUCGACUUUCGAAACGCUGCGAACGAUCUGAGCGCUCUCGAAAAACAGAACGCCGAGGGCGCGAGAUUCGUUGAGCAGAGCAGCACCGUGGACGACUCGCCUUAUGCCGAGACCCGAGAAGGCCAUCCCACAUCUUCGAACUCGAGCAAUAUGGGCGAUGCCACCCAGCUCUACGCUUCCGAAACUGGCGCAGCCAAUCCGGCCUCCACUUUGACAGGUCGUAUGAUGCCUGACUGGACAGUGCCAGGCGCUAUCGGGUAUGCUGUAGCUGGCCAACCCGCAUCGACUAUGGCGGCUCCGCAAACUCAACCAACAAUGCCAGGACCUGUCGAAAUGGAGCUGGAUGGAGCGUACUACAACAUGUUGGAGCACAUAGACAUGCUAGCCGGAGGCGGUCUGACUGGGCUCGAGGACUGGAGUAUGGAGCCGAACGAGUUUUACAAUACCAUGAGCAUGCCCAAUUGGCAGCCACCACCUGGCACUGGUGGAUGAUUCGGACACUGAGUCCAUUCUCUUUUAUGGUAUCCCUGUCGCGCACCGGUUUCUUCAUUAUUCUUCUCAGAUUCGAUCAAC